AUGUCACCCCCGCCGCCUCAGAUCCCGGCUGCGCUGCAGAACCUGUGCGGCCAAAUACCGCUACCAGGCAUCAAGCGCAGCAACACCACGAGCUCGAAGCAUACGUAUCAGAGCAAAUCAAGCAUGUCUUCCCGUCCGACGUUUACCACACAGACUUCCUACGACUCCCAUAACAGCGAAAAGGUCGGAUUUGACGAUCCCAUGGGUUAUCCUCCCAAGGGAGGCUUCUUCAAGGCCACAAACAUAGAUGGUGUGAUCAAGCUCACCGCCGUUGACGAGGAAGGCAAGGCGAUUCGAACCCCGGAACUCGACUCAGGCUACCGGCGCACCGAUACAACCGGCCGACUGAGUGAGCUCCGAAAGCUCAUGCGCAACGAGAAAAUCGAUUACUAUAUCAUCCCCAGCGAGGACGCCCACCAGUCCGAAUAUGUGGCUGCCUCGGAUAGGCGUAGAGAGUACAUCUCUGGCUUUACUGGCUCGGCGGGCACAGCCAUUGUUUCCCUCAAUAACGCCUACCUCUUCACCGAUUCCCGCUACUACAUCCAAGCCGAGCGUGAGAUUGACCGCAACUGGUCGCUCUUCAAGGUUGGUUCCGGCGAAGUGAAGCCAUGGAACGAAUGGAUCCUGAAUCGCGCCCGAGGUGCCGCAAUCGGCAUCGACUCGCGCCUCAUCGCCCACGACACUGCCACCGCCCUGACUUCGGCCCUCAAGCUCAGGGGAAUGCGCAUGGCCUACCCCCAGCGCAACCUCGUGGACCAAAUCUGGAAAGACCGCCCAAGCAAAAGUUGUGCGCCCAUUUACAUCCACGACAUGCGGUAUGCAGGCGAACAUGCCGCGAGUAAACUCGAUCGGCUUCGUAUCUGGCUCAAAGAAUACCCAGUUCCGGCCGCGGAUCUCAAGUACUCGUCUCCCCCUCGUCCCAGCUCCCCAGCCAGAGACCGUCCAACAUCCAAACCCCUUCCCGACCUUCCACCCCCAUCACGUGCCCCCUCUCGUCAAAGUUCGAUGCGGAAAGACUCGCUCUCGCGCCAAAACUCGACCAGUUCUGGUCCUCAUCCCCCCACGCGCACGCCUUCCCGCUCCGGCAUCUCGCGCAAAAACUCCACGUCUAGUCGGGAGAAUUUCCACCGUGAUCGUGGAGAGACAGCUGUUCGGCUGAUCCCGCACUAUUCGACAUUUGUAUCCAAUUUGAGUUGCAUUGCAUGGUUGCUGAACUUGCGCGGUGGCGACGUAAUGUGUAACCCUUUGUUCCAUGCCUACCUCUGGGUUGGAGUGGACAAGGCGACGUUGUUUGUUGAUGCCCGGAAAUUGAGUGACGAGGUUAAACGGUACCUCCGAGAGCUAAAGAUUAGCGUCAAAGAGGUAUCGGAUGUGUGGGGCUAUCUGAGGAAGAGGGAGUUUGGAAGUGGCAAGGUCAUUAUUCCGCCCAAAACCCCUUACGCCGUAUCCCUCAUGUUAACCUAUUCCAAUUACAUGGUUGCCCCGAGCUGGGUCGAAUCCAACAAAGCAAUCAAGAAUAAGGUUGAGAUUGAAGGCUUCAGGAAUGCAUACUUGAGGGAUGGUGUGGCAAUGACCAAAUGGUUUGCCUGGCUUGAAGAGCAACUCCGCGCUGGAAAUACCAUCACCGAAUGGGAGGCCGCAGAGAUGUUAACCCAGUUCAGGAAGCAGGGCGAGCACUUCAUGGGUUUGGCAUACGAGAAUAUUUCGGCCACGGGUGCGAACGCAGCUCUACCUCAUUAUUCGCCUACCAAGGGUCUUUCGAGUGCGAUUGAUGUUCAAACUCCAUACUUGAAUGAUUCGGGAGGGCAGUACAAAGACGGAACUUGUGAUACUACCAGGACUGUCCAUUUUGGCCACCCUACGGACGAACAAUGCGAAGCCUUCACUCGGGUCUUGAAAGGCCACAUUGCCAUCGAUUCGGCUGUCUUCCCACAAGGCACCACCGGAAAACAGUUGGAUGUCUUGGCGAGGCAUGCGCUCUGGAAGGAUGGCCUAAACUACCUCCACGGCACUGGCCAUGGCUUCGGCUCUUUCCUCUCUGUACACGAAGGUCCUCAUGGGUUCGGCAUUGACGUGCCCCUCGAGGUUGGCCAUGUCAUCACCAACGAGCCUGGUUUCUACAAGGAGGGAUCGUUUGGUGUGAGAAUUGAGAGUGCCUUGGUUGUUAGACGUGUCGAGACCAAGGGUCAAUUUGGAGGUGAUAUUUGGCUCGGAUUCGAGCGGUUCACCUGCGUUCCUAUUCAGACAAGGAUGGUCAAGAUGGAGUUGCUGACCAAGGAUGAAAGGAGGUGGCUCAAGGAGCAUAACCGAAAGUGCAAAGACCUGCUCGCACCCCUCUUAGAAGAUGAUGCCCGCGCGCUCAGAUGGAUUCGACGAGAAUCGACGCGCACUAGUCCACAACAGACUUCUGCCGUCGUUCAAGUUCUCGCACACGAUGCACCAGUCCAAAUCGACUCUCUUCCCAUCUCUGCCAAUUUCAAACCUUUGAAAGGGGGAUCGACACUCGUUGAUCGAGAUAGGGCGAGGUUCCGGUCCUUGUUCACGAGGCACGAGAAGAGGGCUCAGAGUGUUGGAUUGAAAAAUACGGCCGUGCACUACACGUUGAACGUUGGUUUUGGGUCGCCACCUACCUAUUAUGAGUUGUUGAUUGAUACUGGAAGCGCGUAUACUUGGAUUGGCGCAGCGAAAAAGUACUUUGAGACCAAGACGUCGAUCAGACAGACGAAUCAAUCGUUUUAUGCUGCGUACGGAAGUGGAUCAGCAGUGGGAGCUCAUUACAAAGACCAGGUUACACUCUCCCCGUCAUUGGUUAUCUCAAACAAAUCCUUCGGAGUAGCAUCUUCUACAGAUGGGGUGGACGGGAGCUUCGAUGGCAUCCUUGGACUUGGGCCCACUGGACUUGGAAAAAAUGUUGUGACACCCAACAAUGGAAAACCAGUGCCCACCAUCAUGGAUGCUCUCCUUGCGCAAAAGAAAAUUGAGCAUAAUAUGUUUGGGAUCUCAUUCACUCCUACCAAGUCUCGGGGUACCAUCGAUGGAGAGCUUACUUUUGGAGGCUACAACGCGCAGAAACUUACGGGCAAGCUGAAUUGGGUACGUAUUACGAAGAAGGAGCCAUGGAAUCAAGCAUCAAGGCAUUAUGGAAAUCAGACCCUUCAAUCGUCUUCAACAGGAGUUGUUGACACGGGCACGACUCUAAUAUACAUUACUCCCAAAGCAUUCAAGGUUUACUCCGAAUCUCUACCAGGGAGCAAGAUUGACCAGUCAACCAAAUUACUUGAGAUCCCUAAAGACAGUGUAGGAAAGAUGAAAUCGUUGUUUUUCGUCAUAAACGGGAUUCCGUAUGAAUUCACACCGAAUGCUCAACUCUGGCCACGUACUCUCAAUACUGCGUUGGGAGGGAAAGCGGAUGCUUACUAUAGCGUGAUUAGCCCUCUGAGUGAUUUUGAAGCUGAUACAGGGUCAAGCUUCAUUAAUGGAUAUGCAUUUUUGGAGAGAUUUUAUAGUGCUUAUGAUGCAUCCAAAUCAAUGAUUGGAUUUGCUACUACCUCUUCAACUACUGCCGAGAUCAAUUGA